ACAUAUAAAGAGAUGAGAAAGAACGAAGAAUGAAUGAUGACGUACAAGUCUCAACUGCCCAAAUCACCUUUACUUGAACCAAACUCUACUGAACAAAAGUCCCAAAGCAUUCUUCUCCAAUUUCUACUCCUCUCUUCGAUAUUCAGCACUCUAUUGCAAUCUACCAAACCCAUCACAUCAUUACUGUCUACAAUUAAUUUUUACUCAAAAAUAAGAAAAUCUCACCAAACUUUGCCAUUUUCCCUCCAAUCUUGAAACACACACAACACGCACUAUUGACAGUUCAAGAGAAAUGACGGACAUAUUGCAUUUGUCUUCAACUUCAAGCUCCAUUACACGUGUACUGCCCACGAACAAUGAUGGGUUUCACCAACAGGCUUUUCUUAACGAUGAAUCCCUCAUUAAUAAUGGGCGCCCUAUAGCUUUUUACAGGAGAAAUAAUGGUAUACAAGAGGUAGAACAACAAGGAGGAGACGGGGAUCAGUUUUCUGUUUUAGAAGUUUUUGUGAGCGUUUUUAGGAAAUCUUUGGUGGGCUGCCGGAGUACGACGGCGGAGAGUGUCGGAGUUGAGCGGCUGAUGGAGAUUGGUUGGCCUACGAACGUUAGACAUGUAGCUCAUGUCACCUUUGAUAGGUUCAAUGGGUUUCUUGGACUCCCUGUUGAGUUUGAACCUGAAGUUCCUAGAAGACCUCCAAGUGCAAGUACAAGAGUUUUUGGAGUUUCAACCGAAUCUAUGCAGCUUUCUUUCGACUCCAGAGGUAAUUGUGUGCCUACAAUACUUCUAAUGAUGCAAAGACGCUUGUACUGCCAAGGUGGACUGCAGGCGGAAGGAAUUUUUAGAAUAAACGCAGAGAAUGGCCAGGAAGAGUAUGUUAGGGAACAACUAAAUAAUGGAGAGGUGCCGGAUAACAUUGAUGUUCAUUGUUUAGCAGGUCUUAUUAAGGCUUGGUUUAGAGAACUCCCACAAGGAGUGUUGGACCCUCUUUCACCUGAGCAAGUAAUGCAGGCUCAAUCAGAAGACGAGUGCACUCACCUUGCAAGGCUACUACCGUCUACAGAGGCUGCACUAUUGGACUGGGCAGUAAAUUUGAUGGCCGAUGUUGCUCAGUUGGAACAUCUGAACAAAAUGAAUGCACGUAAUAUAGCUAUGGUAUUUGCACCAAACAUGACUCAGAUGUCGGACCCUUUGACAGCAUUAAUGUUUGCAGUCCAAGUAAUGAAUUUUCUCAAGACUCUGAUAGAGAAAACCGUGAGAGAAAGAGAAGAUUCUGCAGUAGACGUAGCUUGUGCGAAACAGAUUGAGCCUGCUGAUGAAGACGAUCAUCAUGGCACUGUCGAACCAAUAAUCCAGAAGGCCAUUGAGGUAAGUGAAGGCGACCAAAUUAAUGCAGCAAAUGAACCACUAUCUAAUGAUGCAGAAAACUCUUCUUGGGCAGAAUUUAAUUGUACUAGCAAUGAAACACCUUGUUUUCUAAGCUCUAUCGAGAAUAUCCUUCCCGAUGGAAAGGAAAAUGCGGCCAUGACUUGCCCUGGCGAUAUGAUGAAAAAUGCUGACUUGACGAAGGAUAGAGUUGGAGGCGGUAACACUUCUGCGAGAAGUAGACCAUCCCAAUCAAAAAGCCGGAGGACUAAAACGGGGCAACCAAGUAAGAAUGGUGCCAAAAAGGUUAUUCAGCCAUCUGUUGUCCAUGUUCCUGAGAAUUCAGAAAAGAGCAAGGAAAAAAGCAUCACUAGCCUUUUGAAUUCACAAACAGAACGAGUCGAAGCCUGGAGGUAAAAUUCAUCGUGUUAUGCUUUUGGGCGAUGUCAGGGACUCCAGAUAUGCCAACUGAUGGAAGAUGUUAUAUGCAUUGUGAUUUCUGUUUGGAGAUCAUGUGAAGGAUUCGUUUAUAUGCUAUUCAAUCCUGCGUGGAGUUAAUCUCAGAUUUCUUCUUCUCACUAUAGACUUCCUUCGGUAGCUCGUCCUACAAAUUCUGUGGUUUCUCUAUUUCGUGCUGCUGAACUUUGUAAUUUCAGUGUAAUGUAUCUUGUUUAGCUUGAAAAACCUGAAUUUUUAUUUGUUUAUGUAAUUUAUUUAUUCCCUCUUAUCUCAAGUUUGAUUAUUUAUGUCA